CGCUCAGCGAGGCCCCCAAGGAGAUCUGACCUCAAUCAGCAUCGCAGAAUCGACAGACAGACACCCACAAAAUAUACCCAACCUCACCUCGAUUUUACGACUUGCGAAGCUCGAAUCAGCACUUCGUCCACUCCCGCUACCGCACCGUUGAGUACCGCUCCGGCCUACGCCUUGCACGGUUGACAGGGGUGUCUGCGGAGGCUUCGGUGGAGCUUCAGGAGCGGAAUAAUCUUCGCAUCAACCGCAACUACAUAACAUUGCAGCAACAAAAGCAAACGAAAGGGGUGCAGCCUAGGCUGAAUGAUUCAUCGGCAAUAAAGAGAGCUCCCUUGAGGACUCCUUUGCACAAUGACGGACCGGCCGCAUGGCGGUCAUCCACAGUCCAACAAUGAUGACCUACUUUUAGAUCUUGAGGACAAUCGCUCAUACUACUCCUCCGGCCAGCAACCUCCAGUCCGAGAUGAAGACCUCCUCCGCCGCUACAACAUUGAUGAUUCCGAGACGCCCCAUGAACCGCAGCCCCGCCCUUCCGUAUCAUAUGACGAUUUUGUAGGAGGUGGACCACAGCACGAGCGUGGAGGUCACGGACAAGGCUUACCAGGCGGACCAGAAACAUUACCAUAUUCUACUGGACGUAACCGACUAUACUCGCAGACGUCAGAUCUAAACAACUACCAGAGAUACUCCGAUCACGAAGGCCUGCACGACGACGAUCAAUCAAUGCGUGGAUACUAUGCCUCUGGAGGCAUCGACGACCCGGCUACUCCUCUCCCACAAGGCGUGCAUGAUGCGAGAAAUAGAAACAGUAUCUUGAGCUUGGGCGGCGGAAUGUUGGGCCGGGUGAAGAAUAUGGUCGGCAUGGGCCCGCAAUACUCUGAGAUGGACUUGCCGUUGACUGAAGCCGGCGCAAGAGCAACAAGAGGCGAUGCUGCACGCUCCUCGGGCGAUAGUCAAAACACAUCAACGAAGAAGAAUUCGUCGGGUGGAGGCUUCUUGUUUGGAUUUGGCCGAGGAAAAGUCGAUCCGUCCACUCUUGGGCCUCGCAUAAUACACCUGAACAAUCCUCCCGCCAAUCUGGAACUGAAAGCUGUCGACAAUCAUGUCUCGACAGCAAAGUACAGUGUCAUCACUUUCCUCCCCAAAUUCCUCCUCGAGCAGUUCUCCCAAUACGCCAACCUGUUUUUCUUAUUCACCGCAAUCUUACAACAGAUCCCCAAUGUCUCGCCAACGAACCGAUAUACGACAAUCGUACCUCUCGCAAUCGUGCUCACGGUCUCUGCUGUCAAGGAAUACGUCGAAGACUACAGGCGCAAAGCACAAGACAGCAUUUUGAACAAUUCGAAGACGCGGGUCCUGAAGGGGUCGAGCUUUCAGGAGACCAAGUGGCUGAACGUGAAAGUGGGAGAUAUCGUCAGGGUUGAUUCGGAGGAACCGUUCCCAGCAGAUCUGGUUCUGCUCGCCAGCUCCGAGCCUGAGGGUCUUUGUUAUAUCGAAACGGCCAAUCUUGACGGCGAAACAAAUCUAAAGAUCAAACAAGGAAUUCCGGAGAGUGCCGACCUCGUUAGCCCGGCUGAUCUCAGCCGUCUAAGUGGCAGGAUCCGAUCGGAACAGCCCAACAGCAGCCUGUACACGUACGAAGCGACGUUGACGAUACCUGUUGGGGGUGGGGAGAAGGAACUAUCACUGGCUCCAGAUCAGCUCCUUCUUAGAGGCGCAACCCUGCGCAACACACAGUGGAUCCACGGUGUAGUUGUUUUCACCGGCCACGAAACGAAGUUGAUGAGAAACGCCACCGCAACUCCUAUCAAGACGACUAAUGUGCAGAAGAUGGUCAACAAACAGGUCCUUAUGCUUGGUGUGGUUCUGAUCACACUGAGUAUCAUCAGUACUAUCGGAGACAUUAUAGUGCGCAGCACUGGGUUUGAGAAGCUCGAAUACCUGAACUAUCAACCGACCACAGUCACUGGCCAAGUUAAGCAAUUCUUCCUCGACAUAUUCACAUACUGGGUGCUUUACGCCAACUUGGUCCCACUAUCCUUGUUCGUUACGAUUGAGAUUGUCAAGCUCUACCUGGCUGGCCUCAUUAGCUCUGAUUUGGACAUGUUCUACGAGAAAACCAAUACUGCGGCGAAUUGUCGAACGUCUUCCCUGGUAGAAGAGCUCGGGCAGAUUGAAUACAUCUUCUCGGAUAAGACGGGCACAUUGACCUGUAAUCAAAUGGAGUUUAGACAGUGCACAAUUGGCGGGAUUCAAUACGGUGAAGACAUUCCAGAAGACAGGAGAGCCACAAUGGAAGACGGCGUCGAGAUUGGUAUCCACGACUUUAAGAAGUUGCAGGAGAAUAAGCGAGACCACCCAAGUAGGGAGCUCAUCAACCAAUUUCUAACCUUACUCGCCACCUGUCACACGGUCAUCCCCGAAAGAAAUGAGGAGAAAGACACGAUCAAGUACCAGGCAGCGUCUCCAGACGAGGGUGCUCUAGUAGAAGGCGCUGUUCAACUUGGAUACAGGUUUAUCGCUCGCAAGCCUCGUGCUGUAACCAUUACUGCGGAUGGAAGAGAGCAAGAAUACGAGCUUCUCGCUGUUUGCGAAUUCAACUCGACACGGAAGAGAAUGUCGACUAUCUUCAGAUGUCCCGAUGGCAAGAUUCGCGUGUACUGCAAGGGAGCCGAUACGGUCAUUCUUGAGCGUCUAUCAAAGGAUAAUUCAAUUGUGGAAACAACGUUGCAGCACCUAGAAGAAUACGCCGCGGACGGUCUGCGCACACUGUGUCUUGCGAUGCGCGAGGUGCCCGAGGACGAAUACAGGGAAUGGCACAGGGUCUUCAACACUGCCCAGACUACCGUCAGUGGUAACAGGGCAGAGGAGCUGGACAAGGCCGCCGAGCUCAUCGAACACGACCUCACCCUUCUGGGUGCAACUGCAAUUGAGGACAAGUUGCAAGAAGGUGUGCCGGACACCAUCCACACACUCCAGAACGCCGGGAUCAAAGUCUGGGUGCUGACCGGCGAUCGACAAGAGACCGCCAUCAACAUCGGCAUGAGUUGUAAAUUGGUCAGUGAGGACAUGACGCUACUGAUCAUCAACGAGGAGACUGCAGAAGCCACGAGGGACAACAUUUCGAAGAAACUGAAGGCUAUACAAUCUCAGAACAUGGGUGGUGCCGAGAUGGACGUCCUGGCGCUUGUCAUCGAUGGCAAGUCCUUGACGUACGCCCUGGAACGUGAUAUGGAGAAGAUGUUCUUGGACCUGGCCGUCAUGUGCAAGGCAGUCAUCUGUUGCCGCGUCUCGCCCCUGCAGAAGGCUCUUGUUGUGAAGCUGGUCAAGCGGCACCUGAAAGCCAUUCUGCUCGCGAUUGGCGAUGGUGCCAACGACGUGUCUAUGAUCCAAGCCGCGCAUGUCGGUGUCGGUAUCAGUGGUAUGGAGGGUCUUCAAGCAGCGCGUAGCGCCGACGUGGCCAUUGGGCAGUUUCGAUAUCUCCGCAAACUGCUGCUCGUGCACGGUGCGUGGAGCAACCAGCGCAUCAGCCGAGUGAUUCUGUUUUCGUUUUACAAGAACGUUGUGCUUUUCAUGACACAAUUCUGGUACUCCUUCCAGAACGCAUUCUCUGGACAGGUCAUCUACGAGUCGUGGAUCCUGUCCUUUUACAACGUCUUCUUCAGUUUCCUCCCCCCGUUCGCACUGGGUAUCUUUGACCAGUUCGUGUCUGCCCGACUGCUGGACAGAUAUCCACAGCUCUAUCAACUCACGCAAAAGGGCACGUUUUUCAAGAUGCACAGCUUCUGGUCCUGGAUGGCAAAUGGCUUCUAUCAUUCGCUCAUCAUCUACUUUGUCGGGCAAGCAAUCUGGCUGUGGGAUCUGCCGAUGGGCGACGGCCGUGUGGCAGGGCAUUGGGUCUGGGGCGGAGCGCUCUACACGGCAGCCCUGCUCACCGUCCUCGGCAAAGCAGCGCUGGUCGUCAACACGUGGACAAAGUACACGCUCAUCGCGAUUCCCGGCAGUUUCAUCAUCUGGAUGGUGCUAUGGCCCAUCUACGCGACGGUGGCGCCGAUGAUUCCGUUCAGCGAGGAGUGGCACGGUGUGAUUCCGGUGCUCUUCAGCACGCCGGUCUACUGGGGCCUGAUCGUGGUCCUGCCCGUGCUCUGUCUGCUGCGAGACUACGCGUGGAAAUAUGCCAAACGCAUGUACUACCCACAGUCCUACCACCACGUGCAAGAGAUUCAGAAAUACAACAUCCAGGAUUACCGACCCAGAAUGGAGCAAUUCCAAAAAGCCAUCCGCAAGGUCCGCCAGGUGCAGCGCAUGCGCAAGCAACGCGGCUAUGCCUUUUCGCAGACGGACGAGUCGCAGGCUCGCGUGCUGCAGGCGUACGACACGACGCGCGAGCGCGGCCGGUACGGUGAGAUGCAGAGUUCGCGGCGCUGACUUGGCUGGCUUUAAAAAAAUUGCGUGGUGUUAAGUUUUUUUUUCGGGGGCACAAUAAUGUGCUAUAUGGACUUGCGUAUGUCUACAUAUCUAGUCUUUCCAAAGCCCGUUUGUUGUUUGUUUCUUUUUUGCAUGCUGGCAUUUUUGUCUCUCCGCGAGUGGGGGAGGUCGAGGGAGGAGGAGGGAAGAAGGGAAAGGGAAAGCGGGUUGUUUUGUUCCUUUGAAGCCAGACGACCCGGUGGUUUCUUAAAGUUGACAUUUGCUUGGUUUCUACGUACGUUGGGAAUGAGCGACGACCUGCGUGCGUGCCUGUGUGCGUGCCUGACAGUUACAGUGAUU